UGCAGCUUGUGUGUGUGUGUGUGUGUGUGGUUAGUGCAAGGCUGGAAUAUGAGGCAGCAGCGAUGAACUGUGAGCUCCGUGUGCUGAGGUCUGCAGCUUUCCCCUUCUCUGCACUCUGGCUCUUCCCUCUGGCUGCCUGUGUAUCUCCUUGGAGUUGCCCUGGGGAGGUGUGGACAACUUCACCCUCCCCGAUUGGGGAAGCAUCCCCAUCCCCUGCCCUCUUCCCUGUGCUGAAUGGCUGCGAUGGCACCUGCUCUCACUGACCCUGCCCCUGACGCCCGCAACCUGCACUUCAAGCUGGCGCCUCCAUCAUCCUCCCUCCCGCUUGGUGAGACCAACGGCGGCUGUCUUCCUCCUCCAGACCCACCAGACCUGGUAGCAAGCUACGGUGGAACACCUGGAAAGGAAACCCUUAAACUGGGUGGGGUGUAUACUCCACGGUCCAUAUUGUCUCAGUCACUGUGCAGGGGGCGUUCCUCCAUUCUGGAGUUCAACCUGGAGGAGCUGAGAGGAAUCACCAAUUCCAGUAGAGGGGGCCAAGGUGGACCUCUGAAUGGACUGGCUAAAAGACCCGCAAAGCCAGCUGUGGACAAGCCCCCGAGUCUCUCUAUUCCUGCUCUGGAGCCUUGGGUGAAGGCCCCACCGGUUCCCCCAGGAUCUCCUGACGAGGAACAUGAGCAAAAGGGCUCUCGCGUGCAGAAUGGCUCCGAUGCUCGUCUUAAAGCCUUGUUACAGCGCCAUGGGGAGAUGGAAAAGAGGGCGCGGUCUAUCCAAAAGCGGCUCCAGGUAGUCCAGGCGAAGCAGGUUGAGCGUCAUCUACACCAACAGCUAGGAGGUUUAGUCGGGGCUGCCUUUGGGCGGAACACAGAAACGCCUCGUUCUCGAUUGACUGUGGUAACACGGAAAGCUGAUGCUCAGCGCCGAGGAGAAGCUGUAAGCAGCGUCUCUGAAGCCCUUUUAAAGGGAGCGGCAACUGAGCUGGAAAGGUUAAGCUGUUCUGGCAGUGCCACUUUGCGGGCCUGUGAGCGAGGCUUUGACUCGGAUGCCACAGAAAGUAGCUCAGGAGGUGACUCGGAUGUGGAGGAGGACGAACCUAACCGAGUGGACACGCAGCAGAGCCAUGUGCCACUGAAACGUCGCUGUGAGUGGACGUGGGCUCGGGAGCGGGCAGAUGUUGUCAGUCGGUGGAACUGGUUACAAGCUCAUGUCUCUGACUUGGAAUACCGUAUCCGGCAGCACACAGACUUCUACAGACAGCUGCGAGCAGGGAAGGGCCAGGUUCUCCUUGGUGAUGCCGGUCCUUCAGAAAGCUGUGUGGGCGACCCAGAUGGCAGAACCGCAGUCUCUACAUCGCUGUCAGUGGACCCUGAACGGAAGGCCGAGCCUGGAACUACAGAACCGAAAAUCCUGCAGAAGCCCAUUAAUGGAGUUGUUAUGCUCCCCAAGCGUUCUAGCUCCGACGCUGAAGAGCAGACGUCCUCCAAGUCUACAGCUACUGUACCGGACAGCAGCUGUGUGUGUGCAAGAACAAGGCCUGUCCUCCACUGCAAGAGGAGGAGGGUGGUGAGGCCUGACCGGAUCCUUCCCCUCCAUCGCAAGGUCCAGAGCAGUGUCCCUCGGCCCUGUGAGGUCUCCUCAUCAUGUGUAAUGUGUGCCUCCUUCCCGGGGCUCUCUACCCAGUUCCCAUAUAGCGAUCCAUUGUCUGAACGUUUGACGCUGUUGGAUCCUGCCAUUCACCCGGUUCUUUCCUUCCCAGCUGAUGUUCCGGCUGGUCUGCGUCUCCAUGCUCUCCUCCGUUCCCACAACAAGAUGGACAGAUUCAAAUCCAGCAGGAAAGUAAAGCAGCGUCCUUCAAAUCCAGGUUCCACCACCACCGAAAUCCACCGCACAGACCGCACGCCUGGAGUUUUACAUACUCAUAAACUAACGCUUCACAGGCCUUUUCCUGAGCUCUCUUCCAAGCAGCACUUGGACCCCCUGCUACGUACCUUAAAGUGUGAGAGAUCACAAGCUCUGAAAACUGAGCGCUCGCUCAGCCUCCCUAUACCCCAUCAGAAGAAGCGCUAUUUCAGCCCUAUAGAAAGAGAUGGACGACACGAGAUGGAACCAGCAGGGCCCAGUCCUGCAGCAGAUAGAGAAGGGGCAUUAUCUCACACCCCUCUGUCACGCCAGCUCUCCACAUCAUCUGAUUCAUCAAUCAGCGCUGCAGCUGCGGCCGCCAGGAAGAGGCGGAUGGAGACGUCUUAUGACAUUGACAAUAUUGUGAUACCUAUGUCGGUAGCAGCCACCACCAGGGUGGAAAGGCUGCAGUACAAGGAGAUCCUCACUCCCAGCUGGCGUGUUGUUAAAAUCACUCCUCUGACUCCAAAUUCAGAUGCGGACAUAGAAGAGUUGGAGGAUCUCUCAGAUUCAGCCUUUGCGGCUUUGCAUUUGAAGUGUGAAGAGUCGGAGCGAGCGAGGUGGGCCAGCAGCAGCCUCCCACCUCAACGUCGAGGCAGCAGGACUCAUCGGACAUCUGAAGGCUCUAUGACCUCUCAGCUUUCAAUAGGCACGCAGGCUCUCAUACUGCAGCCUCCAUCUCCUGACACCAGUAGCUGGCAGGCUAUGCCUGACUUCUCUCCGCUCAGCCCCGACGUCUUGUCUGCUCCUCCCACACCCACUUCAAGGGACACUCCACGUCUGAUCUCUGAGGAGACACAGAGCUCCGUGUCAGACUCGGGUUAUGAAGAGACGAUUGUACAUCCCUGGGAGAAGCGACACUUUCCCCUUUCCUACAACCCAAAACCAGAAAUUGCGGGAACCAGCGAACCUUCAGACUGGGGAGGGCCACGCCCCUCGCGCCGAUCUUCCUGCAGCUCCCGAACUGCCAAAGACACAGAGGGACCCCCUUCCUCUCCGCCCUGCCCUUCCUCCAGACCGCGGCCCCUCCACAGAUAAAAAGAGCAGCGGCGGGUGAAAAACUUGCAAAGAAAAACAAAAUCUAUAUAAAUAUAUAUAAAUCCGACAAGACAAUUUGGCUUCAGAAGAAUCCUCUGUUUGAUAUUCAAACUUUAUCCCCGGAGCAGAGCGCCAGUUUCACAGUUUUUAGUGAAUUUAAGAACUUUAGAGAUCUGUUACCUUCUCCUCGUUAUCUUUGUUUCUUAUCUUUGUUUCUUGUUUUUGUUACUUCUUUUUUUUUUUUCUUCCUUUCUUCCUUUUUUUUUCUUUUAAUCAAGCUAUGUUGUACAUGUGACACGGUGUACUUAACCCGCUGCCGUCCCUCCGGCUCUCUGCGUGCAGCUCGGGAGCCGGAGGUUCAGUUGCUGCAGUUUGUGGCUCCCCAUUUCCCCUAACGCCUGAACAGUGUGUGCUUGUAACCGUUUGUUCCUACUAGCUCGUCAAACGUGGCUGCAGCUGAGGUACCAGAGACGAGGGGAAUGUCUAUGACAUCUCAGACCCCACCCAUGAGGUACCUCUAUGAUCUAGUAACAGUAAGAAAGCACUUAUUUCCACAGCAGGAUGAUCUAGGGCUUGGUUCAGAUGCCAAGUUGGGUAUGUUGAGGCCUGUAUUGACCAAUGGAACAGGCAACAUUUCAUAGUCAUUAUCAUAGUUUGGGAAAGUUUA